CCAGGCAUUGUUAAUUUAAGUUCACAAGACUUUGUGUUCUUUUAUUUUCCUUUGAACCCUUUGCUUAGUAUUUGCUAUUUUCACCAUAAAUCUACCUCGUUUUAUUUGCUUACGUUGUAGUUGCUUGCAAUAUAAAAUAAUAAAAGGACUGCCGCUGACGAUUCCGGGGACUACAUUUCCAAGGACACUUUCUAAGGUCAUUAUGUUUUCCAUGAGCUAUGUUCUACUGCUCCCCCUGCUGGCUGGGAGUACUCCUUAUUCUCAGGAUCUGUUUCCGACUGACUGUGCUGACGUCUAUACUAAUGGACACACAGUUAGUGGAGUUUACACCAUCUAUCCUGCAGAGGACACACCUGUCCAGGUGUACUGUGACAUGGACUGCUGGGGAACCCAAACAAAGAAUGGGAAUUGGACGGUGUUUCAGAGGAGAAUGGACGGCAGUGUGAAUUUCUACAGACCAUGGGAGCACUACAAGAAAGGUUUUGGGAACAAGGAUGGAGAAUACUGGCUGGGACUGGAAAAUCUCUACCAGCUCACUCGUAAGAGGAAAUACGAGCUGAGAGUGGAUCUGCAGGACUUUGAUGGAUCAUCAGUUUCCGCACACUAUUCCUAUUUCUCUAUAGAUUCUGAGGCUGAGGGCUACAGGCUGAACAUUAAGGGUUUCAUCAAUGGAGGUGCUGGUGAGUGA